GACCUGAGGCUGCCAGGACCGGGGCCAGGGCCGGUCAGGUGCACCCUGAGGAAGCACAAGCCGAAUCGCAAGCCGAGGACGCCGUUCACCACGCAGCAGCUGCUCUCCCUGGAGAAAAAGUUUCGCGAAAAGCAGUACCUAACGAUCGCCGAACGGGCGGAAUUCUCGUCGUCCCUUCACCUCACGGAAACGCAGGUGAAAAUCUGGUUUCAAAAUAGACGAGCGAAGGCGAAGCGGCUGCAGGAAGCGGAGAUCGAGAAGCUGAGGCUUUCGGCGAGGCCGUUGUUACACCCGAGUUUCGGCUCUGGCCUGAUGUUCUCCGGAGUGGGGCCUCCCGGAACACCAGGAGUGCCUCCCUUCAUCGCGGCGGCCAUGGCUAGGCACACCCAUGUCGCGGCCGCGGCAGCCAUGUUCAUGGGGCCCCCUGGACACAGGCCU